UCAAUAAUUGGUUUACUAGUUCAAUGCAUUAUCUCUAUCGAUACUGAUAUGACAAGUUAAUGAGAAAUUACGUUGACGAAAAGAAAAGUUCAACGACUGUCCAGUAUGAUUUCCGUUCAACACUACGAUAUGCCUAAUAUGGAGUCUCGCGGUAGGUUGACCCUGUUCUGCCGUAAAGAUGAAAAAUAUUACGCGUUGACUUGUUUCCACGUUGGUUUUGGACCUCAUGUGAGGUUGAAUGAUGACCUUCUUGCGGUUCUUGAUGAAAUUAAUAACAACAAAGAAAGCAUUCAACGUUUAUUGCGUAAAAAUAAAUAUACUUUCUUGGAUGAUGACGACAGCGUGGUUGGUCAUUUUUCUGAUUUCUCUUAUGGUCCUAAAUUAAUAUCAUGUCUAUCACUGUUGGCAAUAAAGAGGAAUUUCAGAAGCUUGUUGGUGAUGAAUUGGAAGAUGUUAAUUCAAACUUUCAUGACGUAUUUAGCAAAAUUCAUGAAAGGCUAUGCCAAGAGGAAUCUGUGAAAGUUCGCACAGCCACUGGUACUGAGGGCUACUUGUGUGACCUUAUGUAUUCAGUUUUUGUUGAAAAACAUGUGAUUUUGCGUAAUGUUAUCAAGAUAAAAAGUGAUGAGUCAAUUCUUCAGGAUGAUGAUGCUGGUGUUCUUGUUUAUUUUUUGGAUGAAAAAAAUAAUUGGCAACCGUUUGCGUAUGGAAUUGCAAAAAUAACUGAAAAUAACGAAGAGACCAGAGAGACAUAUUAUGUCUGCUUGCGAUUAAACAUUGCCUUAAAAGCACUGGGCCUUCAGGGUGGUCAGUUUUUUAAACCGAGGAACAAUGGUGACACUCUAUCCGUUAGUGAUAAACACAUCGACGAUGACACUGCCUUGAACAACACCAACCGUGACGACAAUGGUCGCACUGCCUCUUAUAAAGAGAAAGCUGACGAGAGAACCUAUCAGGAACAUGAACAAGCGACAUACACUUAUUCAAGCCAACUUGAAAUUGCUGAGAAAACGGACAACAAAAUACUCAAUCUGAAGCUUCUAGUACAGAUGUACACCAAUGAAUAUCACAAAUUUAUUGGGAAGUCGCAAAAAUGGAAUUGCGUUGACAAAUCAGUGAUGCAUCGCGAAAAGUUUGAAAUGAUGCAAAAACAUUGGCUUGAACAUCCAGGUGAUAUUAGAAUUAAAGGCGAUGUACGUGUGAUUUUCAAGGAAAAGUUCUUGAUUGGCAAAGGAAGUGGUGGAACCUUAGUUUAUCUUGGUUUGGGAAAUGAUGGUUAUGGAAAAGCUGUAAAACGAAUCCUUAAAUAUAGCUAUACCUAUCUUGCUCUACAAGAAAAGAAUGUUUUGAGUGAGCCAAACGCAAAGAAGUCGAAGCAUGUUGUAAAGUAUUGGAACUAUGUAGAAGAGGAAGGAGAAGAUUUUGUCUAUUUGAUAUUAGAAUUGUGCGAACAAACUUUGACAAGUUUUGUUGAAUCUAGUAGUUUAGAUAAACUUCACGAAGCCCUUCCCGAAAUCCUUAGACAAAUAUUAAAUGGAUUAUCUGAUCUUCAUAGUGGCCCAAGUUCUCUUCUUCAUCGAGAUUUAAAGCCUUCUAAUGUUCUUCAAGACGUGGAAGGCAAAUUUCUGAUAGCUGACUUUGGCAUUAGUCAAAUAUUGAAAAGUAAAUCAACACAUCGAAGCAGUCCUGGUAAAGGAACUUAUGGUUGGUCCGCUCCUGAAUCCUUGCGUGGUGGUCGUUACAAGAAAGAGUCUGAUAUAAUGAGUGCAGGAAUGGUGGCUUAUUAUGUUGCAACAAAAGGGGAACAUGCUUUUGGAACUGAAGAGAAUAUAUUGAAUAACUUGUUAACUGGAAACCUUGUUGGCUUAAAGAAAAUCGAUGAUGUUCAACUUAAAGAUCUUCUUUCGUGGAUGCUACAGCAUGAGCCUAAACUCAGGCCAUCAGCCAACGAGGCGUUAAAACAUCCUUAUCUACAAUCCAAUGAAGAAAAGUUUGACAUGCUGAGUAAAGUUGGGAACCAACCGGAGUUAAAACAACCAGAAUAUCAAAAUUCAGAUGUUCGUAAGCAGUUGGAUUGUUUCACAGAAUGGAUGAAACGUAUCGAUGAUGAAGUUUUGAAAGAUUUUAAAACAUUUGAAGUAAACAAGAAUGAAAGAAAUGUAACCUACGAGUCUUCAUGGGCAAGUUGUUUGAGAUUCAUACGUAACGUUGAUCAGCACUGGCAUGAUAAACCUCAUCCACGUCUAUCGCCAUAUAUCAAGGAAGACAACUAUAAAGAGUAUUUCCUCCAACGAUUUUCCGAACUUCCUCUUCUGGUGCACAAAGUCAUAAGGUCGACUGACUGGAAAACAAGACCUGAUCUCAAAAAACAUUUUACGAAGUCAAGUUCAUUUUCGUAUACCUGUCUUGAAGAACCAAGAAGCAGUGCAUCAACAUUCAAAGUUGAAGAAAAGAGAAAAAUUAAUCUUCCGAGUGCCGAGUCAACUUCAAAAUUUGGUGAACUUUCCAGUGUCAGCAAAGAAAAAAUUCUGAAUUCAAUUACUUCUCUUAGUUUCAAGUCACCUUCAAAAACUGAUGAACCUUCCACUCCCAACACAGUCGAAUUUAAAAAACGUUUUCUCACAAAGGACCACAAAAUUAAAGAUAGCGUCCAUGAAAAUUUGAAAAAUUUUCUUUGGCUUUGUGGCAAGUAUGGUACAGCACGUCCUAAUGAUAAGAUGAAUUAUCGUCACAUGUAUCUUGAAGUUGACGAAUCAAAGACUGAGGAUGUUGUAAAGCAAGAAAUCGAUGACAAAUUUAAAUGGAAAGCUUCAGAUUACAUCGAAUUACGUUAUGUUGAUCCACGUAAAAAAAUAGAAAUCCAAGAGCUAUCCAAAAAUUUUAUUGUAAGGCGAGAUGAUGAACCCAACGAAACCAUUGGUACAUUGACUUUGUUUUGCUGUAAAGAUGAACAGCAUUACGCGUUGACUUGCGCCCAUAAUGGUUACUUAAAAAGUAUUCCCAGAGACCAAAGGAAGUUCUUGUACAUUCGACAUUAGAGGGAAAACGAAGCAAGAGCUUAUGUGGACUACUUACAUGAAAACAAAUAUUUCUACAUCCACAACGAAACAACUGAAAUAGCUCUUGGCAAGUUGGCUGCUUACUCAUAUAAUCAAGAAACCGAUAUCAUGGCCAUCUUGAUUGAUGAUAAAGCAACUAAAUUUACUGCAGCUGAAAUAGAGGUACCGAGAUCUUUUGAUGACGCUAUCGAUUUGCUGUCAGGAAAUAAUGAAAGUCAAAAAGUUUAUAAAGCUGGUAGGGAAUCUGGGGACAACACCAUUUUUGACGUCAAUUUUACUUUUCCUUCCAAUGAAAAUGGAACACCUGUAUAUCGUGACGUGGUGGCAGUAAAGAGUGAUCACGAAUUUCUCGAGGAAGGAGAUUCAGGAUCACUGAUCUAUUAUUAU